GCUCGUUGGAUUAAACCGUUUGAACAUGGCGCCCUCUCGUGGUGCAGGAUAUUCACGAACCGUGUCCGCCAUUAGUGACGCAAGUUCCGGUUGUGUAGCAGCCAUUUUGUCUGUUCGGGCAAGUCUAUCCUGACGGUUACGAACUGCAGUUCCACCUUGGAAAACAAUUUAAAAUGUUUUAUUAGCAGACAUAUUUCCUGUUAACUAAAAACAGGUCGCUUUAUAAAAUCUGUACCACAAGUUUAAAGGUGGAUGAGGGCCCUCCUCUUCGAGAAUAACCCUCCAUCCGGCUGUAAAACCUGGUAGAGCUGAGACAUGUCGUGUGAGGAGAGCUACUUGGCCAUCAUACGGUAUCUGACUAACGAACGGGAGCCCUACGCGCCGGAGACUCCCAGCAACACCAAGAGGAAGAUCCGCAAAGCGGCGACCUGCUACGUGGUGAGGACCGGCACCUUGUUCUACCAGCGCCGACUGAAGGGCCAGGAUGAGUUCACCGAGCUGGAGGUGGUGCUGCAGGACGGCCGGAGGAAGGAACUGAUCAGCGCGGUGCACAUCACCGAGGAGGGGGAACACCUGAACCAGCAGGUCACCUGGGAGAGCAUCUCACAGAAGUACUGGUGGAGAGGUAUCCUGAAGAACGUGAAAGACCACAUCCGAGAGUGUACCCACUGUCAGAUCAGACGAGGACUCGAUGACGGCUCGGGAGCUCGUCUGUUCUCCCGGCCGGGGAGACGCAAAGCAAACGCUAAUGAAGAAGAGGAGGAAGAGGAGGAGGAAGAAGAGGGAGAUGAUGGAUUGUUUUUCACAGACUCGUCCGGUCAGCUGAGAUCCAAGCUGGCCAAAGCGUCCAAGCACGAGCUGGUGUUUGUGGACAGUAAAGGUGAGGUGAAUCAGUUCCUGCCCAAACACAGCCAGACCAUGUUGGACAAACUGAACCAGCAGCGUCUCAAUAAUCAGUUCUGUGACAUCACUCUGCUGAUCGAGGGCGAGGAGUACAGAGCUCACAAAGCCGUGCUGGCGGCGUGCAGCGAGUACUUCAACGAGCUCUUCUUCGAGAAGGGUGCCGCCUCCACGCACGAAGCCGUGGUCGACCUCUCCGGUUUCACCAAAGUCAGCUUCCUCCCUCUGCUGGACUUUGCAUACACCUCCAUGCUCACCUUUAAUUUCUGCAUAAUGGCGGAAAUCGCGAACCUAGCGCGUCACCUGCUCAUGACGGAGGUGCUGCAGAUCUGUGAGUCUGUUCAUAAGCAGGUGGAGGCGCAGAAGUUGACGGUGUAUCAAAAAGGAGACGUGCACACGGUGGUGUCGAGCCAACCAGCUCCUCCGGACGAGUCGAAGGACGAGUCUGGAUCCUACACGCUCACCAUCCAGAGCGACGGCCAGGCGGUGGUCACACAGGCGGGGGUGGCUGUGACAGGAGAGCCUUUAGCCUUUGUGGCAGCUCCUGAGGAGGCCUACAUCCAGCAGCCGAUAGCCAUAGUGACAGAAGCUGUGGAUGGAGACUCGGUGCAGCAGGUUGAGGCUGGACAGAGUGAAACAGUGACUCUGAUCACUCAAGGCAGAGAGGCCGAGCCAGGAGAGACGGUCACUCUCAUCUCCUGCAGAGGGGAGGGAGCCGAGGGGGAGACCAUGACCGUGGUCACCCACAGCGGACAGGCUGGAGCCAGUGAGUCCCUCGCUGUGGUGUCGGCCUGCCUCGCCAUGGAGCAGCCACAGGUCCCUGAAACAGGAGCCGUAGUUAUAAACGUAGACCAAGACAAAGUGAUCCCCUCGGAGGCCGUCACACAACCAUCUGAAGCAGCGACGCCGUCUCAAGAGAAAGAAGAAGAAGAAGAAGCAGCAGCAGCACCGCCGCCCCAGAAACGCAAGAGAGGGCGUCCAGCCAAGGUGAAGAAAGAGGUGGAGGUAGAGGAGUAUGUGCCUCUGGAGGAGGAGGAUCCCUCUGCUGAUGAAGGCCACGGAGACAAACUGGACUCAGCGUCAGAUGAACCAAACAGACGGCAGCUCAGGCAGCGCUCCAUGGCUGAAGGCGGGUACGCUCGUUUACACAUGGGGCUGGACGAGGACAAGGAGGGGAAGAAAGCAUCCACGCCUGUACGGGCUGCAACACCAAAGGUUCCACUCAGGACAGGCAAGAGGGGACGACCACCGAAGCAGCCAGUGGAGACGCAAAGUGAAGGACAGUCUGUGUCGGAGUCGGGAGCAGAUCCAGAGGCUGACGCUGCAGAGAGUCUGGACACAGUAGAGCUCUGCACAGACGAGACACGGAUGGAGGUAGAAGACUUACAGACUGAAGGAAAGGAGGACAAAACUCCAGAGGAGAUCACGGACGGAGAACACGCCUGCUCGGAGUGCGGCAUGACCUUCCCUCGACGCUACUCGCUCAUCAUGCACUCGCUGAAACACGAGAAGGCUCGAGGAUACAAGUGCACUCUGUGCAGUAAAGAGUUCCAGUACGCCGCCUCCCUGCGUGCUCACCUGGCCCGACACAAGCAGCAGAGCAGCCAGCGCUCCUCCGCCCUCAAAUCCGCUGCGGAGGGGAAUGCCGAGGGCGAUCUGGAAGACAAGACUUUAUCUCCUCACACCAAGAGAGAGUUUGUGUGCGACAUCUGCGGGAAGACGCUACCGAAGCUGUACUCUCUGAGGAUCCACAUGUUGAACCACACCGGUGUGCGGCCUCACUCCUGUAAGGUCUGCGGCAAGACGUUCGCCCACAAACACAGCCUGAAGAUGCACCGAGCGCUGCACGACGUCACCAAACAGUUCCAGUGUCAGUACUGCAAGAAGUCGUUCGUGAGUAAGCGGAGCAUGGAGGAGCACACCAGUGUCCACACAGGUGAAUCAAAGUAUCUCUGCAACACAUGUGGAACAACUUUCCAUCGAGCCUCCGCUCUCAGCAAACACCUGAAGAAGCACCUCCCCAGACCUGACGUGCGUCCGUUCGCCUGCGCUCACUGUGAUAAGCGGUUCUUUGAAGCCAAAGACCUCCAGCAGCACAUGAACAAACACAUGGGUCUGAAGCCAUUCCAGUGUCAGGUGUGUGGAAAGUGCUACAGCUGGAAGAAAGACUGGUACUCCCACGUCAAGUCCCACAGCGUGGCAGAGCCCUUCAAGUGUAACAUCUGUGGAAAGGAGUUCUUCGAGAAGGCUCUGUUCAGGAGACACGUGAAGAAAGCCACACACGGGAAGAAAGGCCGGAUGAAGCAGAACCUGGAGAGGGAGUGUGAGCAGUGCGGGAGGAAGUUCACUCACCUCCGAGAGUACAGACGCCACGUCAACAACCACCAGGGAGUGAAACCUUUCGAGUGUCUGACCUGUGGCGUGGCCUGGGCCGACGCUCGCUCCCUCAAACGUCACGUCCGCACACACACAGGCGAGCGACCGUACGUGUGCCCCAUGUGUCAGGAGGCCCACAUCGAUGCACGCACCCUCCGCAAACACAUGGCCAAGUACCACGGAGACAACCUGCCCGGGAAGAUCAUGCUGGAGAAGGACACGCUGCAGUUCCACAACCAGGGAACGCAAGUGGAGCACGCCGUCAGCAUCCUGGCGUCCGAGCUUCCCCCCGAGCUCCGUCCGGCCCAGCAGGCGACCGCGGAGGAGAUCGAGACGGUGCUGAUCACAGAGGAGACAGUAGAGGCUGUGGAAGCCGUGCAGCCCGCAGCGGAGGCAGACGGCUCGAUGGCGACGCUGUCAGAUCAGGGCAUCAUGCAGGUGGUGAAUUACGUCCUGGCCCAGCAGGCCCUCACAGGACCCAAACUGGAUGAAGCCCCCGAGGUGAUCCAGACCAUGGAGGUGGAGGUGGCUCACGUGGCCGAGGUGGAGUAACUUAAACCUUUACACACAGACUGAUACGUCGCAGUGUUCCUAAUGGUGUGUGUGGAAUAAACCAGAAUGUAAAAAGAGGAUUAUUUUUCUGAGGAUGUAAAUAAAGAGAUGAGUCGGCUCAGAGCUGUGUGCGGGAUGAAAUGUGUGCACGCAGUCUUAUUUCUAUGUUCUCUGUAAAUAAGUAGAUAAACAUCAACUGAAAUAAAGGUAGACAUUAAGACUG